GCAGUGUAACUGUAAGCCCAGGAUGUGUUGUUGUGUUGUAAUAUAGUUUGCAUAGGGAUUGAGCUACUGUUUUGUCCAUUAUUUAGUCAAAACAUACACAUAUGGUUUCCAUGCUUUGCACAUUACUGAGGCUAUUAUUAUUAUUAACACUUACCACUUGACUUUGUUAAAGCAUGGGCAAGGUGUAUCAACCAGGUGAACCAGCACUAAUAACUUAAAUCAUCUGGCCUCAACCUCAACAGGUGUCACAUCUUAAAAAAUUUGAUUCCAGACAAAUCAUAUUCCAUCUUUGACUAAAAGAUCACUGACUAUUAUUGGCAAAAAUACAUAAAAGAUGACAACAUCAAAAUGUGAUUUAUGCCUUCAAGAUUAUGAUUUUAUGAAACGGAGGCCCAAAUUUUUAAUGUGCUUCCAUUCAUUCUGCCUUGAAUGCCUACAAAAGCACCAGAAGACAAAAACAGUCAUAAAUUGUCCAACUUGCUUAGAAGCUACUAACGUCAACUCGCAAUCGCUGGAUGAAGCGCUCAAGACAAAUUUCUACAUAUUAGAUCAAAUGAAGGACCCAAGCGCUUCGUCAGCUAUCGGGUCAUCAAAUGAAAAAGUUGAGACAGGCAGCUAUUAUUGGUGUUCUUCUUGCUACGUGACUUUUAAAAAAGGAGCAGAUAGUCAUCCUGAGAAUCACGAAACCUAUAAUUUGGACACUGAAGAUGGGAGAGAAAUAGCUGAGAUACACCUUAAGACGCUGUUAGUCACGUGCAAGAGUCAGUGGAAUGGUGCGCUUAGCAAACAUCAAGAGGCCGAUUCGGCUUUGAAGGCCGCUGAGACUGCACUUCAAGCCUUAGAGCAACAAAUACGUAAUCGACGAAAAAAAAAUGAUUGGCAAAUGGAAAAACUUGCAAAUACUUUAUCGGAAGUAGCCGUUCACCUGAAUGACCAGCAACGAACUUCCGAAAAACUUCACAAUUUAUUUCAGUUGUAUAAUAAAUUAAUUGUUGAAUCGAAAGCCAAGGCCGUUAAAACUGGGAAUAAGUUGGCCGCUUUUUCUUCUUUGAAAAACGCCGUUGUCUCUAUGGAUAUUAAGACUUCCAAGGGAGAAAAGUUUGCCGCCCCUCUUUUUGAUUCAGCUCUGAUCAAUUUUCCUUCGGAAGCUGCCAGCAGUUACGAUUCAUACCUUUUAACUACUCUGGCCUUUUUGGCCCUAUCUGGUAACCAAGACGGACAACGGACUAACUCUGCCCACUGUACCGAUCAGGAACUAAAGAAGAAUACGAACAAGGCGGAAAUCGCAUCGAAAGAAAGAAAGAAUCCGCCAGUGGCUAGAACCGAAGCUGAAUCAAGUAAAUCAAAGAACCAAUCAACUGGAAGAAAUGGCAGGGGAGAACGAAACUCGUUGCCAGAAGCAAAAACGUCCAAUUUUGUUCGAAAUCAUGAUUCCAGUCAUCCCGUAGAGAAACCUAUUAGGAAACUGCAGCCAAAUGUUCGUCCUCCCAAGCAAGAUGAUUCUGUAUCCCGAAAUUCAGUUCGCCGCACGGAAAAACCACAUGGGAAUACUUGUCUCGUCCCAUCUAUACCGAUACAGCCGCUUUUCAAUAAAAAGGCCUUCUUUGUUCUAGCCGUCAACGGUAAAGAAUACGGUAGUGUCGUAAUUGAACUUCGACCAGAUGUUGCCCCGGUUAUGUGCCAGAGAUUCGUCGCAAGUUGUCUGGCGAAAAGCGCAGUCUCGUAUCAAGGGACUAUCAUUUACGAUGCUAAACCAAAGACGUACAUAAUGGGUGGCAGAGUACCGGGACCCGAAACACUGUACAUGGCAGAUGCGUCUCCGUUGAAGAAAAUACGAGGUGCUGUAUUCUUUAGGCUCAAGCGCGAUUUCAUGAAGUCCCAGUGUAGCAUUGUAGCUACAGAUUUUUGUGUCCGUUUAGGAGAAGAUAAGGUUGAGCACAGCCGUACCUCAACAGUAUUUGGUUUUGUAUGUGACGGCUUAGCUGUAUGUGACGCUAUCAGUCAUAUGGAUUGCAAGAAGGAACACGUUGCAGUAUCCUCAGUUGGUAUUGUUGGUUAAAUUGAAAAAAAGGCUUAAGUUGUAUGCGUUAUUCCACCAACUCUAGUUAAGUGAACGAUCCGUUGGAAUAUUGUCCACUAAAUAACAUUGUUUGUUAUCCCCGUUACUCCUAAGGAUUCCUUACUUUUCCCCUUUUUUAUUCUUUUUUCAGAGACACAAAGAAAGAGAGCAUAUUCUGUUACAAAAUGAGUGUCGAAAGUAAUGAAUAAAUUAAAGUGCUUUCACUCGA